AUCAACAAGAGGAACAAAACUUGGAAAAAAAACUUGUGCACUGACUCUUAAAGGAGAAAACCAACCUUCUCGUUUAUUUUGAUUAUUAAGAUCUAAUCCUAGUUCGUUUUUUAUAUAAUCUUCAAAGUCAAAUGUUAAGCCUUUGUGAUCCAAAGAAAAGAUUGGCGGUGCGAGCAUUUUGUAAAGCACAAAGGUGUGUGCGUUUACCGAACAACAACACAGAACUUACAUUUAUGGGAAAAGCAAUUGAAGUUCCGCGCCCAAUUUCUGCUUGCCACGAACAUACUGGUGCUUAUGCUUCUGCUACGUCUUUGGUUACCAGCAUUCGAACAAUGGUCGUAGCACGUCGAAAAUGGCUCUGCUUGUCAACUAUAGCCGCACUACUCCUUGCUCGUAGCAGUUUAGCCAACGACUUGUCUGAGUCGACAAGUAGCAGCAGUAGUACACCAGACGAUCAGCAUGUUUUACAAGCCCAAGUUGAACACCAUGACUCUAGUUCAACUGUUAACCCUGAAGAGCAAGGUCAACUGUUGUAUCGAGUCGCUUUACAAUACCUAAACGCCAUCGAAAACAGCGCGUCAACGUCCACCAAAGCGGAUCACCAACUUGCGAUUACCAACGGUAUAUUCGACUCGGUUUUAACAGCAGUUAGGACAGUAGUAUCAGGAGUUUGGUCAGGCAGCAGUAGUGACGAUGACAACGACGUAAAAAGCAACAAUAACCAUAACCAUGAAAAGACCACCACGACGACAAAUGCGCCUCCAUCUGUACAAAACGACGAUCGGCUACGUAUUGCAACAACAAUGUUGGAAAAAGCCGGCAUGACCUAUGGCAACGACGACGCGCUAUUCUUGCUUGCAGAUAUUAAUUUCUAUGCGAAAUAUACACACCCGCGCAAUUACACGGCCGCGUUCGAUUAUUAUUUCGAGCUUGCUGCGGUUGGUAACGCAACAGCACAACAAAUGGUUGGAUUCAUGUACGCGACCGGUAUUGGAAAUGUUGUCGGACGAGAUCAAGCCCAAGCAUUAUUAUACCAUACGUUUGCUGCUCACGGUGGCGACACCACUGCAGAAAUGACUCUGGGCUAUAGACAUCUCUUGGGUAUCGGGACGGAGCAAAAAUGUGAAGAUGCCAUCUAUUACUACCAACGAGUAGCAGAGAAAGCAAUCAACCAUUAUCUUUCCGGUCCGCCUGGGGGCUAUGCACCGCCAUUGCCGAAGAUCCGCCUUUCAGAUGAAGUCGGUGGUGUUUAUGGAUAUGGCGCAAGUGUGAUGACAGAUAAACGAUAUCGGCCAAACAGUGCAACAUCCGAGCGGACAGUCAGUAUUGAAGAGGUGUUACAAUACUGGAGAUAUUUAGCACAAACCAAAGGCGACUUUGAAGCACAGCUUAUGCUUGGUCAAAUAUAUUAUCAAGGCACUCGUAGUAUACCGCAAGAUUUCCAAGAAGCACAUUACUUCUUUGAACAAGUGGUUGACAAGCUUCCGACAGGAAAAAUUACAGAAGCAUUCCUGAACAGCAAACGUGGACGAGCAAUAGGUCAAGCUGCUGGAUAUCUGGGCAAAAUGUACAGAAGAGGAGAAGGUGUGGAUGUGGAUCCAGAAACGGCGUAUCAAUGGUUCUAUUUAGGCUCAGAGCUAAAUGACUCGAUCUCACAAAAUGGAUUGGGCAUGAUGCAUCUAGAAGGUGUGGUAGUACCCCAGAGUCGCGAUAAAGCAAUUGACUAUUUCAAACGUGCAGUCAAGCAGGACAAUCCUGAUGCUCAAGUAAACCUCGCUAUUGAAUAUGUGAAUCAAGAUAACACGAUCCCCAAUGCUAUACGACUAUUUACGCUGGCAGCAGAAGCCAAACAUCCUUUAGCGCAGUGGUACCUGGCGCAGCUUCAUCAAGCUGGCAUCGGACUAAAUCCUUCGUGUCAAGUAGCGGUUUCGUUUUAUAAAUCCAUUGCUGAGCGAUGUGAUUGGCAUAACCCAACUGUUGAGACAGCUUAUGAUGAUUAUAUGAAAGGCGAUAUGGAAGGAGCAUUACUCCAUUAUAUGCUUGCAGCUGAACGUGGUUAUGAAAUUGCUCAAUCCAAUGUUGCCUACAUACUUGAUACAGAUACCCAGCUUUUGAACAUAAAAAACACGUUUGGCUUAAUCGAAUCACCGCCACGGGAUGAGGAUUCUGAAGAAUACGCACUUAUCUAUUGGUCUCGUUCAGCAAACCAAAACAACGUGGAUUCCCGGGUGAAAAUGGGCGACUACUAUUUCCGCGGUAUCGGCACACAAAUCGAUUAUGAAAAGGCAGCAGCAUGCUAUCGGAUAGCGGCAGAGAUUGAGCUUUCGCCAAUGGCCAUGUGGAACUUGGGCUGGAUGUAUGAGAACGGACUUGGAGUGUUGAAAGAUUUCCAUUUAGCCAAGCGAUCGUAUGAUAAUGCCUUAUCCAUGAAUCCUGAUGCAUACCUGCCUGUAAAACUUUCAUUGGCCAAACUGUACCUGCGAUACUAUUGGGGAUGGAUUACACGGACAGAGAUUGGCCAGGAUCUGACACACGAAAACAAAGCAUCGUCAGGGCCUGAUGGUGCUGGAAGCGGGGAUAGCGUUGAGGGCGAUGGCAGCAACGCUGCGGGAAGAGCAAAGGAUCAUGCAGAUACUGCUGCAGCUGCAGUUGCCGCAAAGGCAGCACAGGAUGCAGCCCGUCGCCGUCAAGAAAUUGAGGCGUAUGAAUACGAACGAGCACAUUGGGAAAUCAGUUCAGAAGAAGAAUUGCGACGGAAAUAUAGCAAACAUCUCAAGCGACUGGAGCGAGAAGAAAGCGAUGAUUUCAUGGACCCGAGCUUUGGUCGUAGCGAUUACUCGGACGACGACGAUGACGAUGAUGACGGGUAUUCCGAAGAAGACGAACUGAUUGAGAGCUUAAUGAUUCUGGGUCUCUGUCUCUUGGUCGGUUGGCUAGUCUAUAUGCGCCAGUUCCGAUUUGGUAACAACAAUAACAAUAACAUAAAUAACAACAACGUUGUGAAUAAUAAUAAUGCAGACAAUUCUGCAGCUGCUGCUCAAAGACACUCCCGGUCUCCGACGGCGCCUAAUCAUCAUGAUCCAUCACAAUCACAAGGUAUCCCAAACAAUCAGUAGUGUGUUCCCCACCUCCCACUUUUCUCCCUAUUUCUAUCAUCAUUGCCGGUCAUUGUAAUUUUCUUUUCUCUAUAAACCACCUCAUCUUUACUCCUCCUACUUUUUUCCUUAUAUUGGAUUACCUACUGCAAGAAAUAUAUAAAAACAUCACAGCCCAAUUCUUACUACAUAACUGCAGUGCACUGACGUGCUUAUCAACAAGGCUAGUUUUUUUACCCUAGUACGCGUUCUUCUGGGAUCAACUGUCAUGGAGUGAUACAAUUUCAACGACAACAUCUCUCAUUCGGUACUAGCUGUAUUUAUGGAACAUCGCCUACGGUGUAGAUCCAUCCAUAGCAUGCUUCAAA